CCCCCUCCCUCCCCACCACGACGAUCUUCGUGCUGGUGAUUGUGUUCUCAUCGCGUAGCUUAGCAAAAAAAAAAAAAAGCAAUGUCUCGAAGUGAGUCUGAGCGUCGGAUCCGACGAGCAACAGCUUCGUAUCUGAGGGGAAAAGGAGAAAUUUUCGAGGGAGAGAUUAGUGCUCGGGAGUACGGUUUGUACACUGCAAUGAAUAAUGUGAUGAGAUGUCUGAAGAAGCCGCAGGAAGAGGAGGAGGAGGAAGGGGUUUAUGCUAUAGCCUCUACUUUUGGUUACUUGUACGAGUUGGCCCUACAUUUGACAUCACCGGAGGUGAAUAUUCCUGUUAUUGGUCUUGGCGUUGGACCAGUCACCCCUGGGGAUAUCAGGAAGGCCACUCAACUGAGGAAGAAACAUACCACCGUCUUGGCGUUUCGAGUCCAGGUGACUCCGAAGGCGUCUCUACUAGCCCAAACUUUAAGAGUCAAAAUCAUCUGUGGCGACACCAUCCAACACCUGUGCCGACAGUUUCGGAGGUUUAGCGAGGAGGGGCUGGGAGAGGAUAAGAAGGAGUCAGAGAGUGAUGUAUCAGAAGUCUCCCCAUGUCUCCUCUCCAUCUUACCCAAGUGCGUGCUCAACAAGGAAGACCCAAUUGUCGUGGGAGUUUAUGUUGUUGAGGGUUUUGUUAAGGUAGGGACUCCCUUAUGCAUUCCAAACCGAGCUUUUGUCAAUAUAGGACGGGUUGCAUGGAUUCAGAAGGACCAGCGACCCGUCGAGUUUGCCAGGGAAGGCGAGAAAGUGAUUAUCAAGAUUGUUGCUGCUGACCCCAAAACACAACAAGGGAUGUUGCUGGGAAUAGAUUUUGACGAAGCAGAUGUGUUUGUCAGUCGCACCUCAAGGGUAGCUGUCUACCAGGUCGAGAUCAACCCGUCAAAUGGAGAGAAAAAAAUAGAAGAAACAAACAAAAUGCCCUCAUCAUUUGAGUGAUCAAAACUGGCAUUUAUUUAUUUCCUCUUGUUUUUAAAGCUUCAGUUCAUAUUUGCUCCACAAUACUACACUUUGAGCUAUACGAUAAGCUCCACAGAUCAGUCAAGUUAUUAAUCAACCAGUUAUUUUCAGCAUAUAAAAGAUGCGACA